CACAGCUUGUUGUCAAUGAUUCUGUCUUUAAAUCACCAAAAUCAGGUGUGAGCACCAUAAACUCAUGAAGGGUUUAUGAAAUGAAAGCAGGUGAAUUCAUGAUGGGCAUUUGUUGAGAUGUACCACACAGCCAACGUCAUGUCAGCCAGGCAGCUCAGCAGAGGAUAAUAGUAUUUAGAUGUCCUGUAAGCACGCGGAUCCUCUCAGUCAGCAACAUUAAUGGGGCCAUGAGGCAUCCUGCUCAUGUCCUCCAAUGCUUAGGUGCAGUGGGUAUUAGACAGCAGUAAUGCUGGCUGGUCUGAGCGUGCUGCCUGCUGUGUAGUCUGGGGGGAUCAACAUGGGGAGCACCAGCAAGGUGGCUAACUUGUGGAACAGGAGACAGAGUCUCUUCCCCAACUACAAAGUCAGUGAUUCAGACAUUCAACGAAGACCCUCGGAGAUUGCUUAUCCGCUAGCCAAGGAAAGCUGCGUGAAGACAUGGAACUCCAUGCAGGAUCUGAGCAGGGACAUCUACGACAUUUACGCAGAGUAUGAGGACGAAGAGGACGACUGUGCGCCGUACGGCUUCUCCAAGCAGGUCUCACCCUCCAAGAAGAACUACGUGAUCAACAUCAAUGUAGGAGGGAAGCCCUACCAGAUAGCCUACAAGAUGGCUGCCAAGUAUCCCAAGACCAGAAUAGGACGACUGGCCACCUACACGGACCACAACAUGAAGCUGGACCUGUGCGAUGACUACACUGUGACCAACAAUGAGUACUUCUUCGACAGGGACCCAGACGUCUUCCACAGCAUCUUCAACUUCUACAGGACCGGUGUGCUGUGGAUCAAGGACGAGUUGUGUCCCCGCAACUUCCUGGAGGAGAUCAACUACUGGGGCGUGAGGAUCAAGAACACCCACCGCUGCUGCCGCAUCUCCUUCGAGGAGAGGCAGGACGAUUUGAACGAGCAGCUGAAGAUCCAGAGGGAGCUGGAGGCGGAGGUGGAGAUCGAGGAGAACGAGGAGCUCUUUCAUGACAUGUUCAUCGGCCAGCAGCGGCGAGCCAUCUGGAACUUGAUGGAGAAGCCGUUCUCGUCCAUCAAGGCCAAGCUGAUGGCGUUGGCCUCCAGCCUGUUCGUCCUGAUCUCCCUGGUGGCUAUGACGCUCAACACUGUGGAGGAGAUGCAGUACAGAACUGCCAAAGGUCAGCUCAGUGGGAAGACAUACUGGGAAUACGUGGAGUCCAUGUGCAUCGCCUUCUUCACCAUGGAGUACCUGCUCCGUCUGGUGUCCACUCCUGACCUCAAAUCCUUCAGCAGGAGUGUGCUCAACACCGUGGACCUGAUCGCCAUCCUGCCUCAGUAUCUGCAGGGCAUCCUGGAGUUCUUUGACAACGAGGAAAACUACAUGAAGCACGAGGCUGACAUGCAGGCGGUGGGACAGGUGGGGAAACUGGGCCAAGUGCUGCGGAUCAUGAGACUGAUGCGAAUCUUUCGUAUCUUGAAGCUGGCGCGACACUCCACGGGUCUGCGGGCGUUUGGCUUCACUCUGCGUCAGUGCUACCAGCAAGUGGGCUGCCUCUUCCUCUUCAUUGCCAUGGGCAUCUUCAGCUUCUCUGCCAUGGUUUACACCGUGGAGCACGACAUGCCGCAAACAAACUUCACCAGCAUUCCUGCAGCUUGGUGGUGGGCAUCUGUCAGCAUCUCCACGGUGGGCUACGGAGACAUCUACCCGGAGACCAUACUGGGACGCCUCUUUGCUUUCAUCUGCAUUGCUUUUGGGAUCAUCCUCAACGGUCUGCCCAUAUCCAUCCUCUUCAACAAGUUCUCAGACUAUUACGCCAAACUCAAGUCCAACCAGUACACGGCCUCCACGAAGAAACGCGGGAAGCUGAGAUUCGGCAACAGGACCUUAAAGCAGCUCAACCAGUGCUUCGGGACCAACAACUGUCCCACACAUUCACUUCCUACUUCAUAAAGGAAUAAUACACUGUAAAACCCUGCAAGAAUAGUAGUGUUUGAGGGACUAAAGACGAGGGAUCAAUCCCCAGAAGUGGCACAUCUGGAUGUGAAGUCCAGUAAAUUGGCAGCUCUUGUUGCUGGGAAGCCGGUGAGGGAUAUUCACCCUCUCUAAGCCUGUUAGUUUGUGAAUGGGAAUUUGCCAUAUGGGGAGAAAAUUAAGUUUUAAUAUUUUGCUUUUUGUACACAGGUAACCAUAUUUUUGCUACUAAAUAGCCAGAAGCAUGAAAAGAAAAACAAAAGAUGAAAGAAAUAUCCCCAUUCAGUUUGUAUAUAACAUAUAACAACUCUAGAUUAUUAUAUAGAACAAUUACAGUUACACAAGCAUUGUUCAAACACACAUAAGAAGAUCUCAAAGAUGGAGGAAGAAUUUGGGGGAAAUGUGUAUAAAAUGAACACAUCUACAGCGAUGCAGCUGCACACAUACGUGGGUUUGAAUAUUUGUCUCAAUGUAAGUCGGCUUCAGUGAAGUUGGAGCCAGAAUAUAAAGAAUAUUAUUAAAUCUGAAAGCCUUCUGACUCCCCACAGAUACAGAUACAGUCAACAUCCUGCUGUUUGGGUGGAGAGGUCAAACUAUGGAAUGAAUAAGCUUUUUAUUUUCAUCGCAGCAGCUCUCAGAGCAUCGACCUUUUUGUUUAUCUGCAUUAUAAUUCUACGCCUUUUGGAAGAUUUGCUUUCAGGGAGCAGCUUAACCAGGAAUCAGCAACAAAUAUCAGUUUAUUUCUCUUUUUUUAAGUCUGUGUGCUCACACAGGAGAUCUGGUGCGGCUUUUCAAGUGUUUGCAGUGUUCAAUAGUUUCGCCUUUACAGUACGCAGAAUGAUUUACUGACAGUGUGCAACCAGUUCUCAAUAAACACUA